AUGAGCAAGAAGUCCAAAAAAGUGCAACCAAAUAAUGGAUCCAGCACAAGGAAGGAUGAUCCUACACUAUUGCAUCAAGUCUGGGAUCUAAACAUAAAACAUAAACUGAAGCAUUUCUUGUGGAAAUGCCUUCAUAACAUCCUGCCCGCCAAUGAAGAAGUAUAUAGAAGAACUGGGAAAGGGGAUAAAUGGUGCAAAUGUUGUGGUGAAGAGGUAGAAACACUAGAGCACCUGUUAUUCUUGUGUAAAGCUAGAGAGGAGGCUUGGAAGACAUUCUGUAUUAAAUGGGAUAGUAUCCAAGAGAGCUCAUGGAAUUUUUGGAAGUGGUGGGAAGCGCUGCAGAGAGCUAGAAGGAAAACUAAUGGUAUCAGUCACAUAGAAGCCACAAUAAACUUUCUAUGGCAAGUGUGGAAAGCCAGGAAUACCUGGAACUUUAGCAAGGAAAGCAUCAAUGGUAACCUGAUCUCAGACAAAGCUCUAGAGGAAUGGCUCGAGUACAAACAGCUGUGGAACAUGGUGAAAAUGGAAAAAGGAAGUGAUGAUUCAGAAGUACAAAUGAAGGCCAUGACAAAAGAGCUUCAGAACCAACAUACCACCCUAAUGUUCACUGAUGCAGCAAUGGACAAAAAAAGAAGCAGAGGGGGAAUUGGCAUUGCAACAAGGACCAUAAUGGAAAACUUGUCAAAGCUUGGGCAAUCCCUAGUGGAAUGA